AGUGCCGUGGGAAGGCAACCUUGGAAGCAAUCCCGACACUACCCCAGUAGGCUGGUUAUUAGACCAGUUAUUUCGGCGAGGUAGAAGCGACUGACGCUUGUGUACAUUGGUUGUUGUGGUUUGUUGGUUGUCGAAAAAAAGAGUCGAGUUGACAUCAAUUUCCGGAGUCCUUGGGAUUGUCUACCAAAUAACAACUCCGAUUCGCAAACGGUUCGACCGCCGAAAUUGAAAUCGCUACUUACGAGUUGCGUCGUAAUCGCCAGUCCGGGAGCCUCAUGCUGAAUUGAAUUUUAGCGAUUGUUCCGCAGAAACGCGGCCAAAUCAGCUAUAUGAAUUCCCUCGAAGUUAUCUUUGGCGAGCUAGGUAUCUCUCAGUACCUUGAGGCCUUUGUCGACCAAGGAUUCGAUUCAUGGGAAACAAUUUUGGAUAUCACGGAAUCUGAUCUAGAUGCACUUGGCGUCAAGCUUGGGCAUCGAAGAAAACUUCAGCGUCGAAUAGCGAACUACAGAGGUGUCGCCCCCGAAACAUCCUUAGUAUCUCCUACCCGCACCAGUAUCGAAGAUGCAAAGCUCGACUCGAAUCGGAUCGAACCUUUAAAAUCCGAUAAACAAGAUGGGGCGGCCGUCGCGAAACGAAAGUACAGGCGGCAUCCAAAGCCGGAUGACAACGCUCCGGAGCGCCCACCAUCGGCGUAUGUGCUAUUCUCGAAUAAAAUGCGAGAAGACUUGAAGGGUCAAAACUUGACAUUCACGGAGAUUGCUAAGUUGGUUGGUGAGAAUUGGCAAAAUUUGUCACGGGAUGAAAAAGAACCAUUUGAAAGACAAGCACACGAAGCAAAGGAGAGGUAUAAUCGCGAGCUGGGAGGCUAUAAAAAGACGACAGAGUAUAGAAAGUACUGUGAUUACUUACAUGAAUUUCGUAAAAGACAAGCAACGCAAUUACAAGAAAAAGAUGUUUCUAAACGUCUCAAGACUGAAGCCGAUAGUACUCGCGGCAGCAGUACUGGUGGUUCAACAGGUGCCAGCGGUACGACUAGCGGUACAGUCAGUGGUUCUGACAGUCAACCCGGUAGCGAGCCUCCUCCUUCGCGUCAGCAAAGGAUGGGUUCAUCGGCGUCAACUGUUGAAAGUAGUUUCUCACCGGGUGUGAACGGAAUAUAUCACGGGGAUGAUCUGCACUCUCCAAGGACUCUAUCAUACGACGAACCUAGUAACGGGCGACCACGAGGAUUAUCAAGUCCGACUUCACGUGACCUUUCUGUCCAUUCGAGUCGUCGACCUGGUUGGCUUGACAACCAACGGAUCUAUGGAGAGUCCCCCAACGCAGUCGCUUCAUGGUUCGAUCCAAGGAAUGUUCAAGGAACUUUAGUGCAUUCACCAGAGAACGGGUUACCUAGUUCCGCGCCAACUCAUGGCCCAGGCAGCGGGUCCGGUCGUGGGUCAAGAUCUUCUGGAUCAGCAUCUUUGUCACGGCCACCAUCGCUGAAGACUGAGCAGUCUUCGUCCGGAAGCGUAAGCUCGCUGAACUCCUACGCUAUCCCGAGGACACCAAGCGAUGCAUCAUUACCAAUACAUGCUCUACUGACAAAACCGGAGACCCCGUAUGCCCCUUGCCCGGCACCGGCCCCACAAACCCAGUUACCGCUAUUUCAACCACAGUCUGGCCGACCCCCAGGUGACCAGCUAGGUAGCAAUGGAUUCCCUCCGGGUCCAACUACUCCGAAGUAUUCGAUUCCGAGUCUUCAAAAGGAGGGCGCUUUUGGCGUACCAGCCGAACCAAGGCUUUCUCCCACUUCCAAAUAUGGUAGUCCAAAUGAGAAUAGCCUCGAUGGCAUUAGUGCCCUUCUUAAAGCGCGAGAAAUUGUCGAUCGACAGUAAAGCGGGUACAAAUUAUUGUUGAACCCCUCUCUUACUAUACCUCUCGUGGAUUUCUGCACUAAUCACAUUUGCAUAUUAAAAAGGGUACGCGGAGCAUGGCAUUUACGAGAUUUACAAUCAUGACUGGUAUUUACUGGGACGGAAACGAGCGUUUGGAAAUUGCAACACGACAUGACACUCAAAUGCGAU